AAUCUGUCGGACAAACUGGUGAAGUCGUGGCCCAGCGUUCAUAGCUCUAGGAGUGACAAAGCCUGCCCCCGAACUAAAAAGAAAAGAGUCAUCUUGAUUCUGACACAGACCAUCAUUCUUCUCCCACUACAAAUCCGCAGCGCAAGUCCUUCUUGCCCUCAUCUUCCACUUUCCCUACCCACCACCAUUUGUCGCCUUUUGUAGCGGCCGAUUCAGAUAUAUCAAUUGAAUUUUCCUCAUCUUGUUUUUCAGCCACUCUUCGUCAUGUGCCCUCCGGCGGAAGGUAAUAACAACGGCGUCAACGGCCACGCCAACGGCUCCGCCAAUGGAGUCAUGUCCCACGAAGGUUUCACCGCCAUCGAGACCGGUCAGAAUCCUCAUCCCCAGCGUCAGCGAAACCCUUACCAACCGGUCGGUGAUUUCUUGAGCAAUGUUUCCCGCUUCAAGAUCAUCGAAAGUACUCUCCGUGAAGGCGAACAGUUCGCCAAUGCUUUCUUCGACCGGGAGAAGAAGAUUGAGAUCGCUAAGGCUCUUGACGAGUUCGGUGUUGACUAUAUUGAGCUCACCAGCCCUGCCGCAUCAGAGCAGUCCAGAUUGGACUGCGAAGCUAUCUGCAAGCUUGGUCUCAAGUCCAAGAUCCUGACACACAUUCGUUGCCACAUGGACGAUGCUAGAAUUGCUGUUGAGACGGGUGUUGAUGGAGUUGACGUUGUCAUCGGUACAUCAUCAUAUCUCCGUGAACAUUCUCACGGAAAGGAUAUGACUUACAUCACCAACACAGCCAUUGAGGUUAUCAACUUUGUCAAGUCCAAGGGAAUUGAGAUUCGAUUCUCCAGUGAAGACUCUUUCCGAUCUGACCUUGUCGACCUGCUCUCCAUCUACUCGACUGUUGACAAGAUUGGUGUGAACCGCGUGGGCAUUGCGGAUACUGUUGGCUGUGCCAGCCCAAGACAAGUCUACGACCUCGUUCGAACCCUACGUGGAGUCGUUAGCUGCGACAUUGAAUGCCAUUUCCACAACGACACUGGUUGCGCCAUUGCCAAUGCCUACUGCGCUCUCGAAGCCGGUGCUACUCACAUUGAUACUUCAGUCAUUGGCAUCGGUGAGCGCAACGGUAUUACCCCUCUUGGUGGUCUGAUGGCUCGAAUGAUUGCUGCCGACCGAGACUAUGUCAAGAGCAAGUACCGACUGGAAAAGCUCAAGGACAUUGAGGACCUCGUCGCUGCCGCUGUUGAAGUGAACAUCCCGUUCAAUAACUAUAUUACCGGUUUCUGCGCCUUCACCCACAAGGCCGGUAUUCACGCCAAGGCUAUCCUCAACAACCCCAGCACUUAUGAGAUUAUCAAUCCGGCCGACUUUGGUAUGAGCCGAUAUGUGCACUUUGCUUCCCGUCUGACCGGCUGGAAUGCAAUCAAGUCUCGUGCGACGCAGCUCAACAUCAACUUGACCGACGAACAGUGCAAGCAAUGCACUGCUAAGAUCAAGGCUCUCGCUGACGUGCGCCCUAUUGCCGUCGAUGAUGCCGACAGCAUUAUUCGUACUUUCUAUAGAAACCUGCACCAUGCCGAGAACAAGCCCCUCCUCCCUGACCUCACUCCUGAGGAGAAGGCCAAGGUUGCCGAGAAGGAGAAGGAGCUUAACGGCCAGCCAGAGAAGAGGGCCCUUGACGAGGCUGUUGCCGACCAGGCCCCGGCCAAGAAGGCCAAGGCUUAAACGACCGCUGCCGAAAGUGCCGGAUCAAUAUGAAUCACAUGCCAUUGCAUGGCCGACUUUUGGCAAGUAUUGGAGCUCCUCUGGCUGAUAGUAUAUUUUUGCUUGCAAAAUGCCAUGUGAGGGAUUUUUCUUGCUUGACCUCUUAUUUCCUCCGAAGGUCCAAAAAGAUAACUGCAAUGUUAUCAAAGCAUGAAUGUCUUACCGUCAUGGACCUUUCCUCUUCAUCAGGAGUUGAUCGUCAUAAUUUUAGGGAUACACCGCAUUGAGUUGGGUUGUUGCUGCCUGAUCUGGCAUUGAACAGAUUUAGUUUCUUGUGUACAUUUCGGGAGCAGAUUUCUUAUUCCGCGAGACCUAAAUAUCUGUCUUAUGUACAAUUUCAGAAUAAAAUUUUUCUGUUUAUAUCCG